ACAUUAACAAGAACAAGCCGUUACGUAAUUCGCGGUCGGUUACUCCACGUGGUUGGUGGCGCGCACAUGACUCACGAAGGAACGAUCGUUUGUUUUUCUUUGCGUCAAGCGCGUACAUGACUGUUUGCGUGUAAUCGUCCCCUUUUAAGCUUGUUGCACUACCACUCUAGACUGUAAAAUAGUGUGGAAGAAGUGCUUGCGCACCGGGGUUUGUGUGUUUUGCAUAGGUCAACUGAAAUGGUUUGUGGUGUCUUGAUGUGAGCUCUUUUUGUUCUUGGUAUUUUUAUUGUUUGCUUAGAUUUCGAUAAAAAAAAUCGAAAGUGUGUAGAAAGAGCGUGCUAAAAGGGGGUGAGUCUAGGGUUGCAUCGCUCAAAGUUCGCUGGAAGACACUGCGGGACAGCUUCCGGCGCGAGGUAAAGCGCAUGGAGGACGGCGAACUGACCACCUCCAGCUGGCCUCUGUUCGAUCGGAUGUCCUUCCUGCUGGGACAUUUCCGCACCCGCGAGUGCUACCUGUCGCCGGAACUGGGCGCCAAACUGGGAGGGGGCGACGCCGAAUCGUGGAAAUUCACCGCCGACCCGGACUCGGCCAGCCAGCUCAACGAAUCGGCGGAACUUACCUCACAGGGCGAAAGUGACGAAGGAGAAGCGAUGUGCUUGAGCCGGAAGCGCCUCAAGUACCUUACGAUUCCGAGGGAUGCCGUGGUGGAGAACGGCGGCCACGAUUCGGACGAGUUGACCGUGGUGGAGGCGUACGAAACGGUCGAGGCAGAUCCGGCGGACGACGACAUCGAGGUGGUGGAGGUGACCCCGGGCAAUCGGGAUGUCAUUGAGUUGCCGUCGCACCUGUUUGGCGAGGUGACGUUCAAGAACAAGCUGAGGGCUCGCAUCAAGACGGAACCGACGGAGGGUGGCGAGCGGAAACCGUUUGAGGGUGGAUUCGCGACCGAUUCAGACUAUAACUUUUUGAUGAGUUUGCAUCCGUUCAUGCAGCAGUUGAACACGAAACGGAACCUGGCGAUUAGGAUUAAGAUGCAACAGUUGAUUGCAGAGGCUAUGGAGGAUGUGGAAUAGUUGGUUUAGGGAGGAUAAAUCGGAGAAGUGUUGAAUUUCAUCCAUGAAUAUGUAUUAAUCUGAAUUUACACCAUUGUUAUUUGUUACGGAAGAAUUGAAUUAGUUUAAUAAGCAGAGAAAAUAAAAUUGAAUUUGUUACAUUA